AAUAUCACCGUGGCUCCAGGUUAUACAAAAUGUAUAUGCAACAGAUGUGAAAUUUGUUUAUUGUAUACGAAUGUUUAUUUAAAUACUACUGGCUGGACUUUAUUCAAAUUUUCGACCAGAAUGCACUCAUUUAAAUUCAAACAAUAUCGUUGCUUUUCGUUUGAAAUAUCAUUUUGCUUAUUGUAAGAAAAGCCGGCUUUUGGCGUGAAGACGAAUGUUGAUAUUUGCAGUGGCGGGUGAAAAUAAUCGCUCGAUUCAAGCAUUAACAAGUAACUUCUCAACGACUGGCACCCACCACCGAGCACCGACAUCAUUCAUGGAUGAGGAUCGCGAAUACGAUGAUAUGUCUUUCUCAACCGAUGAGCUGUUAAAAACACAAUUUCCAUUGCACCACGCUUGUCGAGACGGUGACCUAGAAACAGUGUCGAACUUGCUAUCGUCUGGCGAUUUCAAUUUAUAUGAAGAAGACGGUCUAUAUGGAUGGACACCCGUACAUUGGGCGGCCCAUUUUGGGAAGUUGGCUUGUUUGAGAAAGCUGACAUCUUUAAGUAAUGACGGUAAACUCUGUCACCUCGCUACCUCACGCUUCCGACAGAGUCCUCUGCAUUUGGCGUCUCUCAGAGACCAACCUCAUUGUGCUCAAUGGAUAAUUCAAAGUGGAGCUAAUAUUGAAGUUCAGGAUUAUCUAGGUGAGACACCUGUUCACAAAGCUGCCAGAACAGGUAGCAUGGAGUGUGUCAGCCUACUCGUCUCACAGGGAUGCAACCUUAGUAUCAGAAACCACAAUAGCCAGACCCCUAGCCAGUUAGCGGCUGAGUGUGGAUACCAUGAGUGUGCCAACUACUUGGAGAGAGCUACCCAGAUCCAGCAGCAAGCCCAGGGUGUGUACAGUGAACUGAGAACGCCCGUUACCCACACCAAUCCAAACAGUUCCAACAUGAUUCCAAAUGGUGUCGGUGGAAACCGGACUGAAAUUGUAACAGAUCCUUGCUUCACUAUGCAAGGGUUGAAUGGGGGCAUCGUACCGGGCGCUGCAGGGGAAGGCAGCACCAUGGCAACAAACGACUGUGAUAUGGAUAUGGCCGAGUCAAUGGGGGAUGGUUAUUUACAAGGAGAGGCUGCCAUGUUCUGUAGAGCAGGUGUUAAAAGGGCACGGGAUGACUUGGACGAGGAAUGCUUCAAGAGAAUGAGAAGGGCUGUUCCAGUGCUGGACAGUGCAUGCAGCAGUCACUCACCGGAAUCUAUAGCAAAGGGCACUUGUAAUCCUGCUGAAAAACAUUUCCUACAUCUGGAUCCUGAAAAGAUCGCGCAGGGAGUGAAUAAUAACUACGCCAGCUCCAUGGUCAGCUCCAGUGCGUUUGAACACUAUAGCUCUGUAUCUGUGCAGCAGGGAUACGAGACCACCUUUUUGGAAUCACUCAUUUACAACACCCACGGGUCAUGACAUGUCACAGUUCUAUGACUCACAUCAGUGUUUAAUGCCUGCCAUAACAUUAUUUCCACAUUUUUGGUUUGAAUUUCUAGUAAGAAAAUCAAGACAUUAUGAUAAGACAGAUAUGAAGAUUAAAUCUAAAUGGACACCUGUUCUUGUAAAAAAUUCAAAUCUGUGACAAAAGAAUCUAUUUGAUGAUUUUAAUUCAGUGUUUAAUGUGUAUCGAUACACGCAGUGCUUUUGAAGUUAAGAUAUUGCAUUAUAUGCAUGUAGUGUACAAGUUUUUUUGCUGGAUUAUGAAACACAUUUACCACACAGCGGUUCAUUUGCACUAUGUAACCAAUGCUGUGAGUUUCAGUCCAAAAGCAGUUGGCAUUUUCACUUUGAUAAAAAUAAGUCACUAUAUCCAGAUGACCCAUUCCAAAUUUGGAAACAGAUAAUGACCUGCAUUUCUUCAUGAGCUAUAACUUACCAAAUAUAUAAACAGGAUAUUUUUGUCCUGCUCUUGGAUGCAGGGUCAGUGCUAUAUCUACAAUUACUGUACUUUCUCAGUUCUGAAUGGCUGCUGAUCGUUCUGGACAAUAGCUACCACCCCCUGUCCUCCGUCCCCUCCACACACACACACCUAUGCAUGGAAAGUAAGGGAAAAUGUUGGGUGGGCUUAUUAUGAGGCAUGGGCUUAUCAGCAGUAAAAAAAACCAGUAAAUAUGAAUGGAUUGUGACCUACAUAAAUAGGAAUGGCUGCCAAAAAAAAGUAAAUAGGUAUAAAAUUAUUAGUUCAUAUUAAGUUACACAAAUAUGAUUGUGAUUGUUUCAAGUUUUCCGGGAAUGGAUGUGUAUAGAGCUGCAGGGCCUUUGUAUUAUAACACUCCUACAACUGUCAGACCCUCAAAUGUUCUCAUUUAGGACUUUGAGUGACAUUUGUUCUAUAUUUUUGUUCUCAUUUUGGUAAGAACUGUUUAAAGCCUGUCAAAUUUUCAUUAUUCAACAUGAAUUCGUAACAUUCCAUUCUUUACAAGUACAGUACUUAAACUCGUUUUUUUUUAUAUUGUCAAGAUUGCAUAAUAUACAGAUGUAUAUUGGAUGCUUUUAAAAAUCAAACUUUUUGGUGUGAUAAAGAACAACGUGACUGUACUGUAAAGUUUCAAAGGAUCAGUUUUAAUUUUUGAUGUUGACCUUGAUUUCUUAUUGUGUGUUUCAGAAGAAAUUCUUUAUUAAUAUGUUUGACAAUGAAUGUUUUUCUAACAUGUGAAACUUUUUUUUUUUUUUUUUUUUUUUUUUUUUUUUUUAAAANUUAACUGAGAUACAUCAUAAAAUACUGAUAUUGUACCACGCGUGAUGAUCAAACAGAUGUUUUACUAUAAAUCAAACUCAUCUCAACACUUUCACAGUGGCUAUGAUCAAUUCUUUACCACCUUGACAUGUUUAGGGAUCGACUGUUUAGAGUAGGCAGACACAUCAUGUCAUAAUAGUAUUUUAUAUACAUGUAUAAAUGAUAGUUUGGAACAAAUGAAAAAGUUGUUUUAAAAAGAGAUCAUUACACAUUGAGAUAAUAACAAACUGCCAUUGGCAAUAAUUAUAUAAUAUAUGUAUGAAAACUGUCAUUAAAAUCACUGCCAAUGUUUACAUUACUAUAGAUUUACAGGUUAUAAAGUGUCUAGUUUGAUUGAUGUAUCGUUGUUAACCACAUUUACUGACCAGCUAAGCAGCUUUAUUGAUUCUCCUGCCAUGGUUUUAUUCUGGUUACAUUUGAAAUCAAAUGAUGACACUAUUUAUAACACUUACUAUAUUUGUAAAGUGAAGGAUUUGAAUUGGUUUCAAAAAUAAUGUUAUUGACAAUCUGACGUGAUUUCCAUAUUUAUGUUAACAUGUUUUAUUUCAUUAAGGUGCUACAUGUGUGCUUCUAGUUUAGUUUACAGAAUCAAUAUUAACACAAAACCAUAUUUAAAGUAACAUUACAGAACAAGCGUCUUGGCACGACUUGACUGGGUCGGACACAGUAAUGCUUUAUACUUUGUAUACGUUGUAGCUUUUUAUAAAUGUUUUAUUUCUAUUAACGUUUUUAACCAACAUCUGAAGCCUUUGGAUUAAUUGUUUGUAUUAUCUAUUACCAUAAGUUAAUACUUCUACAUGUGUUUUUUCUUUUUUCUUUUUAUCUAGAGUUCACAAACGUUCAAACCUUUUGAAAAUCCUUUGAGUUAAUUGUUUUCUGGUGGAGUAAGAAGAGUAUUACAUCCUUUUCACUGUUCUUUUAGAAAUGUUUCAGAAAAAAUCAUAUUCAUAUAAUUAAUUUUCUAGAAUCUGUCUCAAUAUGUUUAUUUUGAUGGUACACAACAGUAUUGUCACUGUGUGUCCUGUGUUACGCAGGUGUUGAAUAUGUGUAUUACCCAUGUUAACACUUCAUUCUCAGAAGUUUUUUAUGUAUACAUUAAAACUUAUUUAAUACAACUAUACAGAGAAUUUUAAAUGAUUUUACACGUCACAAAGUGUUUUUAUUGUUAUGGCAUAUCAUUUAAUUUACAAGUUAAUGUACGGUAAAAAAUAUUAAAUAUAUUGGUGAAAUUCAAUUUCUCAAUUUCUUGGAUCUGAAGAGUUUAUUUUAAGAUUAAUCUGCUGGGCAGAUAUGCUUGUUCUUCUCACCAUGUGAGAAAGGAGUUUUCUGUUGGGUGUGAGAAAUUUGUUUUCUGUUGGGUGUGAGAAAUGAGUUUUCUGUUGGGUGUGAGAAAUGUGUUUUCUGUUGGGUGUGAGAAAUGUGUUUUCUGUUGAGUGAUAUCAACUGUUAGUGUAUGGUCAACCUUUUGGUUAACAUAGAAAUCUCAUUUUAUCAGAUAUCAAAUGAUAUUGUUUUACAAAUGAAAGUCUGUGGUAUAUAGCUGCCUUUGCUUUGUUUAUAUGUACAUAUCUUAGGACUAGUAAAUCUCAUAUUUUAUGUAGAGGUGAAUCAAACACUACAACAAAUUCCUUGGUUGUCCAACAGCAUUUUGGCAUUGGGGGAGGGGGGGGGGGGGGCAUAAAGGAAUUGUUAAGAAGAAAAAUGAACCGUGAAAAUAUGUGGAUGGUUUGCAAGGUGACAAAUUGAAAUAAGAAAAGAGGUAUUACAUCAAGGGUUUACUGUAUAACCGACUCACCAUUAUCUCGGACAGUUCUUUAUGUUGUUAUGUACAUAGUACACAAGUACCUUGAGGUGUCUGUUAGCUGUUUAGUAGAAGUAUUACAUUUAUAAGUUUGAGAUAUUUAUUUCCACUUUAUAAAGCUGUGAACAGGGUGUCUUUUUUUAUCCAUCUUCUUCAAUAAAUAUUUAUGUUUCAUAUUUUUUUUCGUAAUAACCACAGGGCCCGACAUGUAAAAGCUAUCCAUGAUAAGGAAUAAGUUGGAGAGUUGUAUAUGAAAUAGUCCUGUGUGAUUCCACUCCUAGAUAUUUGCUUUGAUUUUUAGGGCACUUUUCCUCCCCCACACCAUUUCUUGUUGGCACUGUUCUUCCUUUGGGGGUUUUCCCACUGGGAGAUACCUUAUGUGAAAACAUGUUGCCCCAUCAUAUUGCAUCAAGCAUGAAACGUCGGCCAUUGCUUUCUGUUUUGCCCUGUUGACACAAACAAUGGCAGCACUCAGAACAAAUGUGCCAUUCUGGUGAGUCAGUGCUAAAAUAUAUUCUACUUAAUGGAAAAUUGAUUUACUCAAAUGGAAAUCAUUUGUCUCUACUAGCUAUACUCUUUGUGAUUUUAUGACCAUUAUAUUUAAUAUAAUGAUCAGUGGAUUCUAAUAUUGAUUUUAAUGGUUACAGGAUUGGAAAAAUAUAAUGUAUAAUAUUCUUUAUAUGUUUUUAACAUUUUCAGCAACAUUUUGUAUACAUUGACUUAAGUUAAUAUUGACCAUGUACCUAGUAUGGUAGUUACAUGUCUGGUCACUCUGCUCUUUCCAUAUUGUUGAUCAAAUUUUACCUUAAAAUUUUCAAUAAAAAAUAAUAACAAGGUUUAGAGCUAAUAAAUAUGUGCAUUGAACAAGUUUAUUUACUUCAGGAUGCUGAAUCAUUUGUCACACUUCAGAUCAGAUUGACCAUAAAAGAUUAAAAAAAAAAAAAAAAAAAAAAUUCCUCUUUUAUCCACUGCUUCAUAUACAAUUUCAAUAGAUUUAGGAUGAUUCAUAGAGAAAAAAAUUACAUUGGUGUCUUUUUGAAAUAAUUUUGGCAUGAAGCGCUACCCAAAUUUUGAUCGGUGACGUACAAAGCAAGACAUUAUUCAUUUUGUACCUAUUAUAUUUAUAAUGUGUUACAUAUUGGCGGGUUAUUAAAAGUAACGCCAACAGUGACCGAUUUCUACAUUGUGUUAAUGUUCAGUCUUUUCUGCUGUUUUAUUAUGUUAUUAUAUCUUAUUAUGUUAUGAAAAAGUUAAGCAAUGUUGUAGUAAAGUACGUGCAAUUUAGUUCUUUGA